GGCUACGUUUUAUUCUGUUUGUUUGUUUUAAAUGUACUUGUAAUUGUAAUUGUAAUUUAUUUAGUUAAACGUAAUCCUGGUGGAUGAACCCAUUAUCGGGAUCCUUUUUCGAGUUGCGAUUCAUAAAAGACAUCAUCGAAAAUAUUGAAUAACGAACAAUAUUUCUCGAGUGAUUGGUUAGUAAUGGCUUCCAGGAAAGUAACGUUCAAACAACCGUCGGCCUCCGUUGAUCAGCUGCACCAGAAAAUAAUCGCCCUUGGGGAAAAUGUUCGCUCCCAUGCAGCAUCCGCCAAGCGGAAAGUCGAAAAGCCGCCAAUGGCGGUGAAGUUUGUCGAGCCGGAGAUUCCAGCACCGCCACCGGUUGUGUCGAAUGAUUUGGCUGAUAACCAGUACGCACAGGAAAUUUUCAUGUGUAAAACCAACAUUCGCGAUAUUGCGAGGGAGAUUGCCGAGCGUAGGGGAUGUGACCAAAGCGAGAAAGUUCUUCGUCCAUUUCGGAAAAAGCUCUACCGACUGUAUGCCAGUGAUCCGAAGACACGCAUCCGGGAACCGUUGGAUAUGGUGCGUUUUGAAAGUCAGUACUACGAGUAUCGGUUCUUUCUGGCGCUGAAUAAGCCUUUGCAUAGCGAAGAGGAGUACCAGGAAUAUAGGGAGCAACUGGAGGCGGCCGGAGUUGCUGAGAGUUGGGUGUCAAUGCGGAAGCACAAUCGGCUGCUGAAGUACGAGGGCAUGAUUGUGAAGAAGUUAAAAAGGAGCUUCAAUAAAUGGAGUCUGAAAUUGGACAAAUUGGACUUUUAUCUGAUGGACUUACACGCGAGACAACCCCGUGCUGCAUCUCCGACGAAGGCUGCAGCGGAGAAAACUACUGAGGACGAUCAGCUACUAGAUAACAUAUUGAAACGCUCCAACGCAAAAAACAUGCUUUCCGAGGCACAAAUCCGGGCCAAGUUUCUUCAGAUUAAACAUAAUUUACUGGCACCGGAAAAAGCUGGAUUUCAAUGGUUGAUUUUUGAUGACGACGAGCUAAAUAAGCGCUUCCAGCUCGGAAUGCAACGAUCGGAAGCUAUAGCGGAAAUUGAAGUGGAUGAAGCCGUUCCACAACAGGAAAGUACCGUGUCCAGUAGUCGACCCAGUAGCGUGUCAUCUGGUGAUUCAGAGAUAGCUCAAAUGAGGUCGGAAAUGGCAAUGACGCAACCGCAAGAAAUAUUCCCAAUGGAACAAUCUCAGUUUGCUGAUACGAACGAAUUGGUGCGUGUGUUAGGGACUGUCGCAGAACCUUCCUUGCCGGAGAUGGGAACACUUGAUGAGCCUCAGAUCGAACCCAUGGAAACCGAAAAUCUCAACCAGGAGUUAUCCCCGAUGAUAACUCCAGCGCAGGUCGACGUUGUAGAAAUAUCCGACUCUCCCGUCAAAGACGAUGGUUUGGUUGAAAUUAAGGAAGAAUUUAUCUUUACUUUGGAUUACAUGAAGAACUUUACCAACAUGGAACAAUUUGUAAUAGACGAGAUCAACCGGCAGUCGUCUCGUGAAGCUAAGCUUUGUAUGCGAAAGUUGGACUUUUAUGUGGAGAAGUAUUAUGAGCUAAAGAAAAACAUGUUCCUUCAGAACGUGCUCCCCAAAGAGCUGAGAAUGUUGACGCGAAAGGAGCGAAGGGAACGACAGGCAAAUGCGGCUGCAUUAGUGUCCGAUAUGAAUCGAUCAAGGGGUUCUUCUACUGCUUCGGACGCAUUAGAACCGCCGACACAAAUGGAAAUUAGUCCACACACGGAAACCCCAUCGGUACCGAGAGUUCCACGGAAAUCCAGAUUGAUCGUCUACGCAGAAGAUGACGAGGAGCAGCCGAAUAAUCCACCCGUUGAAGUUCCGGAAGACACCCUGCCGAUGCCGCAUUCGGAGGAUUUUCUUCCUUCGGUAUAUUCCACGCAACUACCAGGUGAUAGCGGUGUACCACCUCGUCGGCAAGACACACCUUUCCAGUCUCCGGUCAAACCAGUUACUCCUCGAUGCACAUCCGCUUCAUCCUCCAGGGGUCCAACGCCAGCCUUCGCAUCGCACAGUCCGAAUGCAACGGUAAUAGCCAACAGCAAUGACAAAUCUCCUCGGAAAAUACCUUCAAUCAAGCAUGAACUGAACAGCACAUCAUACGAAGGCGAAGUAGAGUUUGUCGAGUUGAGCGACACACCUAUCGUGGUCAAUGACUCAAUGGAUGCAACCAGCGAAAACAUUCCGGAACUGCUCGGACGUCAACCAAGCUGUCUUGCCGCGUUGCCGGAUAAUCUGCGAGGAUUGGUCAACACGCUGUUCCGGGAGAAUCAUGACACGACACUGUCGCAAGGAAGCGGAACUAGCAGUGGCAGCGGCAGCGGUAGAUCGAGGCUUUCACAGGACACGGCCAACGCAUCCGCACCUUCGAUGGGGUUUCACCAAGCAACACCUCUACCGAAAAAUGCACAAAAACCCAGCUAGCAGUUCCUCGAGCAACCAUCAGCAAUCAACCUUCCAUUUUCACGAUCUCUGUCAAACGCUCCCUAUCGGAAAUAACCCCAUCACCGCCGUUUCGAUUAGUUUCCGACCCGUUCCGAACCAGUCAGUUCCCAGAAUCCACUGCCGGAUCAGCCACCCUACGCUUCCUCACCCGGCCGGACAUCUUGGCGGUUGAGUUUUAUCGCAACCCCACUGCCCACCACCAGCGACACCAUUUGGCCGUUACCCUCAAUCACCGGGGAUGCGAUGGCAUCUUCCGACUGACCAUAGCCGAUCACGAGGUACGCAAAUUGCUGAACCUGACCGGGGGAGCACGAGGCUGGCGUGCACUGGUUGGGACGUUGAAUCGAGUCGGACGGUUCCAGUACGAUCGGUUUCGCUGUCCGAAUGCGUUCCAGUUCCACCGGAUGAGUAUCAGCGAGAAAAUUGUGCACCUGUUUUGUAACACGUUUCCGGAUUGUCCUCGAGGGCCCGGGUGGAUGUUGCGCUUCGAUGAUGUUAGGAACUAUUCCGAAGGCGAAGGUGUACGGUUAGAGGAGUUUAACUGUUUUUUGCAUACGGCGACCGUGGAAGUUGACCAAAUUGACCUCAGUGACGGGUUGAAUCCCUAUAUUGUACAAAGAAUGAGAGAGGCGAAACUGAAAAUGAGUCAUCCCAG